AUGUCCGAGGCUGGCGGGGCCGGGCCGGGCGGCGGCGGCGGCGGCGGCGGGGCGGGGGCCGGGCUCGGGGCGCUGCCCCCCCCGCCCCCCGCGCCCCCGCCCGCGCCCCCGCAGGGCUCCCCGGGCGCCGCCGCCGCCGGGGGCUCGGGCGCCUGCGGACCGGCGACUGCGGUGGCGGCGGCGGGCACGGCCGAGGGGCCGGGAGGCGGCGGCUCGGCCCGGAUCGCCGUGAAGAAGGCGCAACUGCGCUCCGCUCCGCGGGCCAAGAAACUGGAGAAACUCGGAGUGUACUCCGCCUGCAAGGCUGAGGAAUCUUGUAAAUGUAAUGGCUGGAAAAACCCCAACCCUUCUCCCACUCCCCCGAGAGCCGACCUGCAGCAAAUAAUCGUCAGUCUGACGGAAUCCUGCCGGAGUUGUAGCCAUGCCCUUGCUGCUCAUGUUUCCCACCUGGAGAAUGUGUCAGAGGAAGAAAUGAACAGACUCCUGGGAAUCGUGUUGGAUGUGGAAUAUCUCUUUACCUGUGUCCACAAGGAAGAAGAUGCAGAUACCAAACAAGUUUAUUUCUACCUAUUCAAGCUCUUGAGAAAGUCUAUUUUACAAAGAGGAAAACCUGUGGUUGAAGGUUCUUUGGAGAAGAAACCUCCGUUUGAGAAACCUAGUAUUGAACAGGGUGUGAACAACUUUGUACAGUACAAAUUUAGUCACCUGCCAUCCAAAGAAAGGCAAACAAUAGUUGAGUUGGCAAAAAUGUUCCUGAACCGCAUCAACUAUUGGCACCUGGAGGCGCCAUCUCAACGAAGACUGCGAUCUCCCAACGAGGAUGUUUCUGGAUACAAGGAGAACUACACAAGGUGGCUGUGUUACUGCAAUGUGCCCCAGUUCUGUGACAGUCUGCCCCGGUACGAGACCGCCCAGGUGUUCGGGAGAACCCUGCUCCGCUCCGUCUUCACUGUGAUGAGGCGACAGCUCCUGGAACAGGCGAGGCAGGAAAAGGACAAACUGCCACUCGAGAAACGAACUCUGAUCCUCACCCAUUUCCCCAAGUUUCUGUCCAUGUUAGAAGAAGAAGUUUAUAGUCAAAACUCUCCCAUCUGGGAUCAGGAUUUUCUCUCAGCUUCUUCCAGAACCAGCCAGCUAGGAAUCCAAACAGUUAUCAGUCCACCUCCUGUGGUCGGGACAAUUUCCUACAAUUCAAACUCAGCUUCCCUUGAGCAGCAGAAUGGUGGGAGCAACAGUCCUUCCUGUAAAGGUGCUUCUGGGCUUGAGGCAAACCCAGGAGAAAAGAGGAAAAUGAACGACUCUCACGUUUUGGAGGAGGCCAAGAAACCCCGUGUGAUGGGCGAUAUUCCACUGGAACUAAUCCACGAGGUCAUGUCCACCAUCACAGAUCCUGCAGCGAUGCUCGGGCCAGAGACCAAUUUUCUGUCAGCGCACUCAGCCAGGGACGAAGCGGCAAGGCUGGAGGAGCGCAGGGGUGUGAUUGAAUUUCACGUGGUGGGCAAUUCUCUGAACCAGAAGCCCAAUAAGAAGAUUCUGAUGUGGCUGGUGGGGCUGCAGAACGUGUUCUCCCACCAGCUGCCCCGGAUGCCAAAGGAGUACAUCACAAGGCUAGUCUUCGACCCGAAACAUAAAACCCUUGCUUUAAUUAAAGAUGGUCGUGUUAUUGGUGGUAUCUGCUUCCGAAUGUUCCCGUCCCAAGGAUUCACAGAGAUUGUUUUCUGUGCCGUAACCUCGAAUGAGCAAGUCAAGGGCUAUGGGACACACCUGAUGAACCAUUUGAAGGAAUAUCACAUAAAACAUGACAUCCUCAACUUCCUCACCUAUGCAGAUGAAUAUGCAAUUGGAUAUUUCAAGAAGCAGGGUUUCUCCAAAGAAAUUAAAAUCCCUAAAACCAAAUAUGUUGGCUACAUCAAGGAUUAUGAAGGAGCCACUUUAAUGGGAUGUGAGCUAAACCCACGGAUCCCAUAUACGGAAUUUUCUGUCAUCAUUAAAAAGCAGAAGGAGAUCAUUAAAAAGCUGAUAGAAAGAAAACAAGCCCAGAUUCGGAAAGUCUACCCUGGACUUUCCUGUUUUAAAGAUGGAGUCCGGCAGAUCCCAAUAGAAAGCAUUCCUGGAAUUCGAGAGACAGGCUGGAAACCAAGUGGAAAAGAGAAAAGUAAAGAGCCCAAAGACCCUGACCAGCUAUACAGCACGCUCAAGAGCAUCCUCCAGCAGGUGAAGAGCCAUCAAAGCGCUUGGCCCUUCAUGGAACCCGUGAAGAGAACAGAAGCUCCGGGAUAUUAUGAAGUUAUAAGGUUCCCCAUGGAUCUGAAAACCAUGAGCGAACGCCUCAAGAAUAGGUACUACGUGUCUAAGAAAUUAUUCAUGGCAGACUUACAGCGAGUCUUUACCAAUUGCAAAGAGUACAACCCCCCUGAGAGUGAAUACUACAAAUGUGCCAAUAUCCUGGAGAAAUUCUUCUUCAGUAAAAUUAAGGAAGCUGGAUUAAUUGACAAGUGAUAUUUUUUUCCCCUCUGCUUCUUAGAAACUCAUCAAGCAGUGUGCCUAUAAGCAUGGUUUAGUUUUACAAAGAAUUGGACAUAAUGUAUUGAAGAUACUUGUAAUAAUUAGCACUUUUAAAAAACAAACAGAAAACCUCCUCUUAGCUUUUCAGAUAUGUAUUUAAAUUGAAGUCAUAGAACAUUUUUAUUUUAUGGAAUAGAUUUUAAUCUAUUUACUACUAUUAAUGUCAAUUCUCUAUGGCAUGUCCAUUAGCUGAAUAUUCAAUAAUAGAUGAUCAGGGGUUUCCUCAAAACUUGUAUAUGGGGAAAUUGCACAUAGUACCAGGAUUUGGGGGAAUGCAGAAAAUUUUCAGACCGUGAAUGUUUCCAUUUUUUUCUAAUGGAAUGUGAGAGUUUAUUUUUAUUUUAUUCUGAAGGACUUUAAAGGAAGGGAUACAUGAUAAAAAGCCUGUAAAAGGUGAAAUAUGUGAUGUGUGAAGUCUCAUGGUAGACUUUUUAUAUAUAUUUUUAAAAAACACUCAUCUAGAUGAGGUGCUUUGAGCAGUUCUGAAAAAUGCAGUUCCAGAAAAGCAACUGCUUUGAUUCCUAAGGAAGAAAUUCUAAAUAAUGCAAACUUUUUUUAUAAGCAUCUGGGUUUUUGAUAAUUCUGUCUACCUACAACAAACUUGUGAGUGCAUAACCACUAUUUUAAUAAUUAUUUUCUCUACACAAGUGUGUAAUACUAUAUCUGACUUCACUUAUGCAGGCCAUAAGUUCCAGAAGGCAAUUUCCUGGACCACAAAGGCAUCCAUUUGAAAACACUUGCGAUUGACUCAACAUACGUCAAUAAAAAAAGAUGUAUCAUCAAAAUAUGUAUCAAAUUUAGUGAAUCCUUGUUCCAUAGAUAAGGAUUUAUUUCCCUUUUUCUACAGUACACACAACCCCACUGAUAAUGUAUUUAUGAACAUUUUUCCUUUUGCAUCUCCAGGUUAUAUUCAUUGUUGGAGAUGAAUUAAAUUACCACCAAGAUUUGCUGUCAGUAUUUUAAUGCCUACGUUGGUAUAUAUACCCAGGGUAAUGAUAUCCCACUAAAAUCCAUCAUACAGCCUUAUUAACCUGUCUUGGGAUUCCAGCUCAGUGCUUGGAUUUAUCUCCUGAUUAACACUACAUUGAAAUGUGGGACACCUGCCAUCCCAACUCUGGGAGAACCAACUCAUACAAAACAAACGAAGGCCAUCUUGAUGGUCUCGACACUAAUUUUUAUGAUACAAAUUUAUAAACUGAUUUUUGUAAAGGACUAGGUUUUAAAAGUGUAUUUAACUUGAUGUUUUCUAUCAGCAUAAAAUAAUUGAAAUGAUCAUUUGAUAGACAUUAAACACAGUUGCCAGAGAUAAUCUGCACAAAAGAAAAAACCCCGCAGGUGGCUGUGAAGUUGGAAGGAUUGUUUUUCAUAUGUAGGAUACAUUCAGAAUGCUCACAACUGAGAAAUGCCUCAACUUUUUAAAGUAUAAGAAACCACCUUUGAGUGGCAUCUAAAUUUCCAAUGAAGAAGGAUGAUACAGUUUGGGUUAAGUAUGUUGGACUGGUUUUACACAGUGCUUUGUACUGGAUCUGCUGAAGCACCUGGCCAGCUUGGUAUCCUGUGAAAGUUUGUUAUUUUCUGGGUAGACAUUCUUAUAGAGUAUUGUCUUUAAAAUCAGAUUGUCUCUUCUAUAUUGAAAGCAUUUUUAUGUUUUCUAAUUUAAAAAUUAAUAUUUUCUUAUAGAUAUUGUGCAAUAAAGCUGAAGUAGGAUGUGUGGUUUUUGCAAAUGCUUUAACAGCGGAUAAAAUUUUACAUUUGUAAAAUUAAUAUAUUGUACUGGUACAAAAUAGUUUUAAAUUAUAUUUUAAAAAGCUCUCAAUCUGGUGGUGUGUUUUCUUCUUCCGGCAGAUUGAGUUUAACAGGGCAAAUGUGCAAUCUGGUUGAUAACUGACUACAUCCUUGGUUCUUAGGUCUUCAUAAGCAUUUUGAGGAAGGUGUUCAGAAUUAUUGCAUUUGUGGGAAGUUUCAUAAAAAUUCACAGCCCAUCAGUGAAAACUUUCCAAGAGGAGAGACGCUUACUGUGUCUCUUGAGGUAUCCACUGCAUCUUGCCUGUUGUCACUCAUUAAACAAAGAAAAAAAAAUCUAGUUAAAGAAGAGUGUUACUGGGACUUUCCUGGUGGCACAGUGGUUAAGAAUCUGCCUGCCAAAUCAAAACUACAAUGAAGUAUCACCUCACACCGGUUAGAAUGGGCAUCAUCAGAAAAUCUACAAACAGUAAAUGCUGGAGAGGGUGUGGAGGAAAGGGAACACUCUUGCACUGUUGGUGGGAAUGUAAAUUGAUACAGCCACUAUGGAAAACAGUAUGGAGGUUCCUUGCAAAACUAAAAGUAGAACUACAUAUGACCCAGCAAUCACACUGCUGGGCAUAUACCCAGAGAACACCAUAAUUCAAAAAGACACAUGCACUCCAACGUUCACUGCAGCACUAUUUACAAUAGCCAGGGCAUGGAAGCAACCUAAAUGUCCAUCAACAGAUGAAUGGGUGAAAAAGAUGUGGUACAUAUAUACAAUGGAAUAUUACUCAGAUGUAAAGAGCAAUGAAACUGGGACAUUUGUAGAGACAUGGAUGGACCUAGAGACUGUCAUACAGAGGUAAAGUGAGUCAGAACAGAAAAACAAAUAUCGUAUAUUAACACAUAUAUGUGGAAUAUAGAAAAAUGGUACAAAUCAACUAUUUUGCAAGGCAGAAAUAGAGACCCAGAUGUAGAGAACAAACAUAUGGACACCAA